AUGUCAGGAUUUGUGACUACAAAGUUUCCAAUUUCCAAAAGAAAGGUAAGUUUGGGAGCCAGCUCACUGCUCAAGGGUAAUACUAACGCAGAGGUCCUUAGUGGGCUUGUCUUAGUUGCCGCUCAAGACGAAAAAAAUGUAUCGUUGAUUCUGGGCCAAAAAAAAUGCCGAAAUUGCAAAAAAAAGUCAGUUGAGUGUAAGUGGGAUGAAAUUGCAAACAUUCCGGCUCAGGAAUCCGAUUUGGAAUCAGACGAUGCGAUGGAAAACAUCUACGAAAACAUAUUCUAUAGAAAUGAUCAAACCAAGCCGCAAUUUGUUUGCUCGACCCAACCAUUGUCGCUGCUUCUUAGCAGAGAUUCCUACUUGUGCUUCGAUGGAGAUUUUUUUGGAUUAUAUUAUCCAUGGAGGGGCCAGGAAAAUGAAGUUCAUGUUGAGUCCCGUCAGGACAUGGCGCUCAGAAAAUUUAUCGAUAGCCAGGGAGCAUAUAUAGUUCCUUCGGCUGUGGAGAGAAAACGAUUAAUUCUGUUAUUUUUGACGAAUUUGUACCCCUUAUUUCCUGUUGUUUCCAGAAAUUCAUUGGAAGACGCAUCCCAGGUGCCUCUCAUAUUGUUGAACGCUAUCAUGUUGUGUGCAACUCGUUUCGACACCGAGGUGGGCCAAGUCUCAGUGAGAACCAGACUCAAACAAUUUUACGAAAGAUGUAAACUUUUGGAGCUCGUAGAGCAUAAUAAGAUAGUGUUGAUCCAAUCUUAUUUGCUCUUGUCUAUUCAUGAGGAGGGAAUCAGCGGCGCUAGAGAUUCCAAAGAAUAUAUCACGAAAGCUUGCAACCUUUGCGGUGAGCUUUGUAUCACCAAUAUUUCGGGAACAAACGACAUAUCUGAGUUGAGUUCUUCUGAGUUGAACAACUUGGUGAGAUUGAAGUACUGGAAAGGUCUUCUCAGACGACUUUUUUGGGUUUCGUUUAGCCUUGACAGGUUAGUAUCUGCUACAAGUGGAAGAGAAAUGUACUACGAUCGGAAAGAUUUGAUUAUUGACGAUUUGUCGUUGGAUGAUUUUGAACCUGGUGAGUAUCAAGUGAGCGAUCUUGCGGCAUGUAAUAAAAUGGUUAGUUUGGCAAAACUUGUGGAAAGAGUCCAAUGCUCCCACUAUCGACCUCCGACCCAUCGCACAGUUGACACACAAUUGAAAAACGAUAUCCUUAGCUGGACUUUGGACGAAAACAUUACUAACGAACUGAUUCGUAAACUCUUGGAAGUUUACCAUGCCUACAUUGCUAUUUUAACCUUUCGGUGUCGAAUAGAUACUGUAGGAUUAAUACUCAAGAGCAGAGACAGUGGAGCACUGGGCUUAUUUGAUAAAGAAGAACGUUUACCGCUACAAGAGUAUUCCAUCAAAAUCAUGUGUUUGGCAGCUUCGGAGCCUCUUGUGCACCAUGUAUUGGUGGUACAUGCCGUGCUACAUGUUAUUGCUUUGAAUCAACUCGAGUUCAAUACAUCUUCCUAUAGUAGUGACAAACCUGAAAAUUAUUACGCUGAGGUUACUGGAAUGGCAAAGCUGGUGCUCACGGACCUCAGAAAAUACUGGUGGUUUGCUGGAGCAGCUUUAAGGCUUUGUAAUGUGAUUUGGGAACUGAACAUUUAA